CCUUGUGAAAAGUAGCCUGUGAACCAAAUAAGUGUGGUCUUGUCUCUUUCAGCUUUGUACAAUCAUCAGUAACGAACAUGACGUACCGAGGUAGCGUCCGACCUUUUGUCAACUUUGACGCCGUACACGACGCCGAUAUCCUCCACCGAGCCAUGAAAGGACUUGGGACAGAUGAAGACGUGAUCCUCAUGCUGCUGGCGGCGCGCAGCAACAAUCAGCGGCAGCAAAUAAAAGCGGCGUACAAAAUGGCCUACGGAAAGGAUCUGGUCAGCGCUCUCAAGUCGGAGCUGGGAGGAUUGUUUGAGAGUCUCAUCGUGGCCCUGAUGAAUCUGCCCGUCGUGUACGAUGCCACACUGCUGCACAAGGCCAUCAAGGGUGUCGGGACUGAUGACGACGUGCUGAUUGAGAUCUUGGUCUCCAGGAGUGGCCCGCGGCUUCGAGACAUCGUCAAGGUCUACAAGGAGGAGUUUGGCAGCAAUCUGGAGAAAGACAUCUGCGGCGACACGUCGGGAUACUACCAGAGGCUGCUUGUCAUACUCCUGCAGGCAAGCCGAGAGGAGGGUGUCGAUGAGGCAAACAUUGCGAAAGAUGCAAAGGACUUGUAUGCAGCGGGCAAAGGCAGGUUCGGCACUGAUGAGGAGAAACUGAUCAACAUUCUUGGAAAUAGGAGUGCAGAACAUCUCCGUCAAGUGUUUGACGCCUACAAGAAGCUGUGCGGUUCCGACAUUGAGGACAGCGUUGAAGGCGAGACCAUGGGAAAUCUGGAGAACUUGCUGCUAGCCGUCGUGAAAUGCAGCCGCAGCGUUCCGUCUUUUUUUGCUGAGUCCCUGUACAGAUCAAUGAGGCGUGCUGGCACGGACGAUGACACCCUGAUGAGGGUCCUGGUGUCCAGGAGCGAGGAGGACAUGUUGGACAUUGCGGCUUGUUUCAAGGACAAGUACGGCGCCUCGCUCUACAGCACUAUUCAGGAGGACACAACAGGCGCGUACCGGAAGUGUUUGUUGUACCUUUGCGGCUCCCGAGACUGAUCUCAGACAGGCUGAAAGAAAUGUUGUUCCUCACCGGACAAACAAAAUCACCACUGCUGAUUGUUUCCUUACCACCAGCUGUUAUUGAUUACAUUCAUGUGAUUGUUUUGGGUGUCAUGUUUGUAGUGGAAUAUAAGUAAAACAUAAUUUAACCCU